UUUUACUUGUUUACGCGUCGGUAUUCAUGAUUCAAGGCUCUGCUACUUACAAUAAUUGCGAUAUGCAACCUAAUAUUUGUGGAUGAAUACGAACAGAUUGGAUCUUUCUGGAUUUGGGCAUGGAUUCUCUCUUAUCAGAUCGGAACUUUCUGGAUUUGGGUCAUGGGAUUCUCUCUUAUCAGGAUAGUGAUCGAAUGACGUUGGAAUUGUAUCAGAAAGAUAUUCCUAUGUUAUCUUUCUUUCGGUUUGCCUACUACAUUCAGAAGUAAAAUCUAUCCCAACCCAGUGGUUUGUUUCGAAUUGAACCACCAUGAAUGCAAUGUUUUUCCUUGGCUGGGUUCUAUUGGGGAUCAAUCAAUAGUUUUACACCAUGAAUUGGAUAAGAUCUAAUCUUUUACACAUCAGCAUUGGGAUCCUUGCUGCUAUGGAAGAAGGGACAUUCAUGAACGAGGCUCCAUAUUGUGUGAAGUUAUUAAUGGGAUACGAAUAAUGCAAGUUGGCGGGCACUAGGCAGCAAAAGAACCCAAGCCACUGAAAGUGAAAGCUAUCUCUCUUGGGAUCUUUGCCAACAGAGAAUAUUGAGAAAAGAUCAUGGGGGAGAAUCUGAUCUAAUUGUCCACAUUCGUGCGAGCCUAAAUGAAGCUUUCAUUUCACAGUUAAGCCAGCAUGCAGAAUCCAAGCAUCUGGUAAGUAGUACCUCCCAUCAAGAAUCAUGGUCCAUACAUUCAAUGGUUCAGAUCACUCCAUCCAAAUAGUUUAUUUUUGAAAAUCGUGAGGAAACACAGUCGAAUCUACCCAGGGUAGCUCAAUAUAGAGCUGAUAACUUAUGCAAUAUCUGUGGAACACAUACAUAUCUAUCACAAAAGAAAAGUUACUUUAUAGAAGUCUGUAAGCAUCUAAAUAAAGCAUAAAAUAGAACAGCUUUUAGAUGUUCUUGUUCAUGGAAAGGACAUAACCUUCUUCUCCUCUGCAUGAUAUUUUUUUUUUUAUAAAUAGAGUUGCAUUGCACCAUCUCAUGACUCACUUAUUCAAAACCUUUUCUUUCACAAUCUUCCACCGGUGGAUCGCAUUCCAACAACUUGGAUUGCAUCCACUGGUAUCGGACUAAAAAGGGAAAAAGAAAAGGAAAAAAUGGACAGGGUAAAACGGUUAGUUUCAGAGAAUAGGAUUUUGAUCUUCAGCAAGAGCAGUUGUUGCUUGAGCUAUGUUGUCCAUGUCCUUUUACAGGAUCUUGGUGCAAAUCCAUUUGUUUGCGAGAUAGAUAAGGAACCAGAAUGUCGAGAGAUGGAGAAGGCACUAGUGAAGCUUGGGUGCAGCAGCUGUGUUCCAGCCGUGUUCAUUGGAGGCAAGCUGAUGGGAUCCACUAAUGAGAUCAUGUCUCUUCACCUCAGUGGCUCUCUUAUGCCACUACUGAACCCAUCAUCAUACCAGAUGCCUAACUAAGAUCAUGUUUAAUUUCCUGUUUAGAAGAAUAAACUCUGGUUCUUGUUAUUGUUCUUGUUCUUGUUGGGUUCAUGGUUCCAACUUAUGUAUAUGUAGUAUUAGUGUGUGCUUAAUUAAUAAUAAUGUGUUUAUGUUUAAUCA